AUGAGGACUCAGCAAAAUACGGAGCAAGAGCGAGCCGGAGACAGGCGAGGCAGGGCAGGGCAGUUGGGUAAACUGGGUGCUGCCACCACGGAGAGAUCACAGGAACCUCCCUUGGGCCCUCCAUGUCUCUUUGACGGGGCCUUUUGGACUCGAAGACCCCCCCACGUGCCCCAGCAGGGGUGCUUUGCUUGCAUCUCCAAGACACCUCCUGUGCAGCAGGGAUCACCUGUCCUGCCUCCCUCUUCUGCUGUUUGCCUCAUGGAGACCAAGACCUGCAAAGGGGAUAGCCUACGGCCACCGAUCCAAUGCAAACACUCUGUAGAGAAGAAGACAAUGACUAAUCCCACCACGGUGAUUGAAAUCUACCCAGACACCACCGAGGUGAACGAUUACUAUCUCUGGUCCAUCUUCAACUUUGUAUACCUCAAUUUCUGCUGUCUGGGUUUCAUUGCCUUGGCGUAUUCUCUGAAAGUUCGGGACAAGAAACUCCUCAAUGACCUGAAUGGUGCUGUCGAAGAUGCCAAGACCGCCCGUCUUUUUAACAUCACCAGCUCAGCACUAGCCACCUUCUGCAUUAUCCUCGUCUUCAUCUUCUUGCGAUACCCACUCACCGACUACUAGAACGUGGCCAGCUGUUGCUGCCAAACUUCCUCCAUGCUGGAAGAUGUUGUUGCAUUUCCUAUAGAAGGGACACAAAGAAAUCAGCCCUCACCCCUAUGAUUCCCUCCCAGUGGCAAAAAUUACUCCUAAACAAAUCAAAGAAACAACCAGGUCUUUCCCCACACUCUUCCAAGGCCUGACUUGUACACAAACUUCUGUAGCAGAGUUUUACUUUUAGAUUUUGUACACAAAGUAUUUAUUUUCAUGAUAAAGAAAUAGGAUUUGAUGGUGAGAAGGAAACUCAGUGCAGAUUAAUUGGAGGGGGUGGUGAACUGCAACAGGAGGAGGAGGAGGAGACACAAUAAAAAUACAGGAUGAGCAGUGAGGUGAAGAAUACAAGAUAACCAGCUUGAGUGCUGAACUGAGGGGAGGCAGCAGAGGGCCCUCUUAAGCAAGAUGAACUGCAAGCUGACUUUGGCUCCAUCCUUACAUAGAUUCAGAGCUCAAGAAAGAGAAUGAGAAAAAUAGUUUGCUGCUAAGAGAUAGGCAUGGCCUUUGUGGAACAUAUCAGUUGCAUUCAGAUUGCUUCCAAAUUCAGCCUCUUGCUUCCCCGUCAUCUUUAUCCCCUAAAUGGAACAUCUUUGCCAUGUAGGUUCUAUCUUCAUAUUGGUUUGAAUGAUGCACAUAAUGGCUUGCAAAAAUUUUUAAAAACAGGAAAUUUGGAUUCUAGAAAGUUUACAUAGCCUCUCCUAGCAAACCCUAGAACUUUCCAGGGAAAAUCCCUGGAAAGAGAAAUGUUAUUGUUCUUUGGAAUCUCAUGGAAACACAUAGA